UGAGUAUAUUGGAAUAGGGCCAGCAAUAGUAAAAAAAAAAAAAGGGGGGGAGCGAGCACACUGUAUCAGUUAGUUAGGGAACCUUCUAGAGAACCUUUGUAUCUCUCCUGAGAAGUAGCCUGGUAUAAAGUGUAAGAGACACACACUAGCUCCUUCUGAAAGUUAGUUGAGGAUGCAGAAAGCCACGUGGGCUGCCACACCAGGAGAACAACCGCUGCAGCUGUAUCUGUGUCAUCAAGAUGCAGAUACAGUUGAAAUCUAAAUCUAUGGAAGAGGAGGCAGCCAUAUGCUGACAUUCUGUUUUGUAGAACACAGGCUGCUUAAUUCAAUCCCUAUAGGUCUCAAAUUUCCAUCCUAUUUGACAACAAAGGGGUAACAGCCACACAAUACUUGAGACUAUAUAAUGUAGACCAUAUUCCAGUGAUCCAUGUGGUAUAGCUCAAUUAGGGAAACACUAUUACCAACUUAACAAAUAAACCUUAUCAGUGAGAUAUAAGAGUCGCUCAAUGACAAGGUCUCUCCUUGGAAAGAUUUACGUAUACUAUUUUCAAAUGGUGGUGUCCCUUUAAUGCUAAACACCUCGAUCUGCCCUAUAUAAAUGAAUCCUCCUUAGGGGCCCUGAGACUUAGAGAAGUAGAUGUACAGGUGCUCCAGCCAAGACAUGGACAUCCCCCUGAAGACCAUCAUCCUGCUGGCACUAUGUGUUCUUGAAGUAAAUUCUGCAACCAGUCACCCGUCCAUCAAACAAGCCCCCUUGGGUAAUGAAAAGAUUCAGAAGAUCGUGUCCUUGAAUGUUACGAUUUGUGUCCCACCAUCUGCGACCAAAAACACAAAGAUCAUAUCCUCCAGGGUGGAUGAAACCUCCAUCUCCAGCCUUGUAUUUUAUGUACAAGCGCAGCGGAGUGAGACAAAUGCCUCCUGCACAGAUACCACCAAAGAUGGCUCCUGCAAAACAUCUCCCGAAGAGCCAGAACUGACUGUAAUGUUGUUCAAAGAGAUGGAUUCUGGAAAUAUCUUACUCUGUUCUACCAAUGUCACGGAUGAAAAUUUGAAAGUAAUAAUAGAUGCGGAGGGUAGUGAGAUUAUUGUGCGCUCAAAUAAGACAAAAGGCGCGAGAAACACAGCAACGGUGACUAUACAGCUUCUCGCAAGCUCCAUCAAUUAUUUGGAGCUUGAAAGGUCUUUCUCUAUAGGUAGGAGUAUAUUGGCUGUUAUUGAACAGACUUGGGAACCCACCACUACUAUUUCUAGCAGCGCAGUUUCCACCACAUUUAGAGCAACCCGAGAAACAUCAACCGGUUUAAAUGAGAAGACGUCAGAGUCAACUGAGACAACAGUGCAUCAUCCCAGAAAAGGAAGCAGUCCUAGACCUGAGACAACCACAACGACAACCGUGUCCAUGGGAGAAUCCAGUUUGUGUCGUGGUCCAUUAAGUGGACUUGUUCUACUUGUCCUCCUUCCAAUGCUCCUCUACUACUGAAUCGGCUCUCUAUCACUUAUGGCGUACAUGGAGUCUGGUUCAGAGUCUCACCAUCGCCUUAUAAAGAAGCCAAGUAACUGAUAAGAAUGAUACCGAAUGGGUUUUCCUGGACUAUGAUAUUAAUGGCCUAUCCUUACCAUAGGCUUUCAGUGUCAGAUCAGUGAGGUUCCAACUCCCGGCAUCCCCACUCGACCACAGUGACCACUUUGGCUCCUUCGUUGUUUACCGGGCAUAGCUCCACAUAUUUUGUAGUGGCUGUGUCGGUUCCUGCAGCUCAGUCUCAGCUGAUCGGUGGGGGCGUGGGGACUUUGAAACUCAUUAAUCAGAUAUGAAAGACGACCUGUGGCCAAAUCAGAAAUAAUAGUUUUUGUAAUAUGAGCAUAUUGGUUGAGGGUUUAAUGACAUACCUCUUAACAGUGUGUAGAUCACUCACCUUGUUCCCCACGAGAUAUGGGGGGGUCUAUUUCCAUAUGAAGGUCUGCAAAUCCAUCAGAUGGGUGGGCACUUCAUUAUAUUAGGGACCAUGUUCCACAGUGCAGGCUAUAAGGGGUGUGCAUAUGAAAUUACAGGAGCAUGUUCGGCACUGCCUGUACUGAGACACUUAACAAGUUCACAGAACACCCAGGAUACCAUAUUGUAUGGUGGAGCAGGGGUUAAUGCAGAGUCAUUAGAGGGUUAAUGAAUGGAAGGGUGGCUGUACUUGUACAGUGUCUUAGUACUGGCAGCGCUGAACAUGCCCUCGUAAUUUCAUAUGCACACCCCCCUCAUAGCCUGCACUGUGACGCAUGGUCCUUAUUGUAAUAAAAUACCCGCCCAUCUAACAGUCUGUACAAUAAACUCCCCCCACCCCCCAUAUCUCGGAAACGUGGAGGGGGCCAAUUAACAUACCCUAAACAGGUAUAUGAUCAGCCCCCUAACCUAUCUGCAUAUACAAAAAAUCACCUAUUUCUAAUUCGGCCUCAGGUCCUCUUUAAGGGCUUAUCCUAAAGAUUAUGGAAAAUGAUGGACAACAGGAAAGUCUGAGAAUUUGCCUAAAGAAAUAUAUAUCUCUCCUUGUAGAACUUGUAUCUCAAACCUUCAAUAAAAUAUACGG